AUGUCCACGCCAGGCGACAACGGCGGCACUAUCCCCAAGCGAAGACGGAUCGAACGUGUAACGGCGGCUUGCGACUUGUGCAAAGCUCGCAAAGUGAAGUGCGACGGGCAGACGCCCUGUAGCUACUGUGUGAGGAAGAAACGCGCAGACAACUGUGUAUUCUCUGGUCCGAGGCCUCGCACGGUGCAGUCGGCGUGCAAUACGCCUGGAAAUGCCGUGCGAGUCGAUCCAACACAGCUACCGGCCCUACAGAGGCGUCGUAGCGAGGAACAUUCGCAUAGGCCUAGAGAACUUCAAGACCACGGGCUCGGACGAUCUAUAUCUCCCAACGUAAGCAGGGAUGAUCAUCAAGAGGGUACAGCUGUUCCGUUGGAAGCUCGACUACUGCGUGACGCCCAAGGAAAAGUCAUAUUCAUCGGUGAUUGCGCACCGCUGUCGUUUCUGCAGACUGUGAGACACCUCAUUGCCUCAGAAGUCGAUCCAGAUGGAUUCCCAGUGGCAUCUUCAAGGGACUCUAUCGUCGAGGUACCGCGGCCGGAGCUGUCAGACCGGCAAUCAUCAGCUUUCGGUGCGCCCACUGCACCGCUCGAACUUGCGGGUCUGAUCGAAGAGUAUUCGAUAGCUACCACAGGUCUUGUAGACCUCUUCGAAAAGGGGGAACUGCAGUCAUGGAUCACAAAUGCUCCUAGCACUGCCCCGUACUUUCUUGUACUGGCCAUUGGUAAACAGGGGAAAGACGAAGUCAAGGCAGAAUCAUGGUUUAARCGUGCUCGCGACGAUCUGCUCAUAAACUUAUGUGGCAGCAUGAAUGUGGCCACAGUACAGGGCUUUGCGUUGGUUUCUUUAUACAUGCUGAGAGCGUUUCAACCCAAUGGAGCUUACCUGUACUUUUCACUGGCUGCUCGUACAGCGUACGCAAUCGGUUUGCACCGUACAGAGGUCAACGCUUCUUUUGGAUCAGCAAAGCACGCAAUGAGAGACCGAAUCUGGAAAAGCCUCCGCGUUGUCGACAUGCUUAUAAGCAACCUUCUGGGCCGACCACCUUCGACAUCGGACGUCGACUGCACUGUCAAGUACAACGCUUCGGAGACCAGCCUUCCAUUCCUGGUACUGGACUCCAGUGUCCAAAUUUUCAUGAUCAUUGAACGAGUGGUCGUUGAGGUCUAUUCGCGUAAACGAAUCUCUCUUCGCAUAGCGACCUACGUCUCUCAUCAGCUCAAGUCAUGGGCAUCAAGGUGGAUGAGGCAGUUUGUCAAUAUUACCAGCCGGACUACUACCAGCGUGACUGGGCGCGACUCCACUGUGGGGGCUUGUCAAGUGUUGUGCUCCUAUUACUACGGCAUAAUGCUUCUCACAAAGCCGUUUCUCCUAUACGAGCUUUACGACGUUCUGGGAGCGCCGGUCAAGGCGCCCACCACCCAAGCGGAGAACGAUGAGAAGAAGAAGUUCGCUGACGCUGCGCUAGAUGCAGCCUCAUCGUUCGUGGAGACACUGCAGGCCGUGAUCGCCACAGGCAGCAUGCCACUUCGCAUGCCCCUGAUUGUCUCUUGGCUUUUCACGACUUCGCUAGUGCUCGCGAUCGGCAAUCUUGGUCAGAGCGGGCUUGUGUUUGAGGAGAGCUGCCAAGCCUCCAUCCGGUGUCUGGACUAUUUCGCCAAAGUCGAUCCACAUGCUCGUCAAUAUUCACUCAUUGUGCAGUCUCUACUCAAGACAGUGGUCAAGCAUGUUCGGGAAAGGGAACUUCUUGUUCGGUCCCGCAGAAAGCAGGCAUCUUCUCAACUAUUUGGCUUGCUACCUAUUGAUGAUGGAGAGACUGAGGUGCAGCCACCGCAAGCUGAGAGGACAGAUCAUGACACGCCUCCAUUGAUGCCUGAUCAGGAAAUCACAUCUGUUGCUGCUGCACCCGCGGACUUGACCAUGUACGACGCCGACUUCUUUGCGAUGCCGUGGCUCAAUGAAACCGACGAAGGUCUGCAAGACUUCCUGCAGCCUGGUCGCCAAACGCUCGACGGCUCUCUUGCGGACAUUCCGCUCUUCCCUAUGUAUGACCAAAUGACUGGCUCGUUUGGGCCUGAUCUAGCCAAUGGGCUGUGA